GGGAUCAUGACGCGCGCCGUGCUCUACUCGUCGUGGAAGAGCAGUGCGUCGUUCCGGACGCGGAUCGGGCUCGCGUGGAAAGGUAUCGAGUACGAGUAUCGAGGUAUCAACCUCCAGACCAACGAGAACUUUGGCGCCGCGUACGCAUCCUUGAACCCGAGCUCGAAAGUACCGACGCUCUUGCUCGACGACGACGUGCUGACGCAGUCGACAGCGAUCUUGGAGUACUUGGACGAGACACGCCCGGCGCGCCCGCUUUUACCCGCCGACCCCAAGCAGCGUAUGAAGGUCCGCGCCUUUUGCAUGGCGAUCGCCGCCGACAUCCAGCCGCUCCAGAACCUUGCGACGCUGCGCAAGGUUGGUGCGCUCGUGUCACAAGAGGAGGCGGAAGCCGCAAAGCUCGCGUGGGUCGACCACUGGGUAACCCGCGGCUUUGGCGCUAUCGAAGCGAUGCUUGUGACAUCAGCAGGCACAUACUGCUUUGGCGACACCCUCUCGAUGGCCGAUGUCUACUUGUACCCGCAAGUGUUCAACGCGCGCUUCUACCAUGUCGACUUGAGUGCGUUUCCAAACAUUACGCGCAUUGCCGAUCGACUCGCGACCGAGCCGGCGUUCAUGGCCGCCGACCCGUACGCGAUGCCCGACCGCCCGCAGCCGUAGACGUAGAUGAAACGUUUUCGUCGCCAAAUAUAUGGACAAUGUGUGCAUAA